AAAUAGUUUAAAUAAUGAAUAUGUUAGUACUAAUGCUCCUUGUGGGUAUAUUAUGUGUUUUUCAAUGUUUUACUCUGUUCAAGUUAAAAUGAUAUACAGCAUAUACCUGCAACUGCUACUUGCUUGUCUGUUCUUCUUUCAAAGAGCCACAUGUAUCGAUGGUGGAAGCGAUUGGUAUUAUCAAGAGGCCCAGUCACACCCCUGUCAGCGUCCUUGUCUUCCCGGAGAUGUGAGGACCUGCUACUACAGGUUCUCCAUUGAGUGGUACUGGGCCUUUAGCAAAGCCUGCUAUGACUGUCCUCACACUCUUUCUGACUGCUACAGAAAGGAUUGUGUCCUUGCUGGCGGUGUCGAAAGGUUCAUCACUGUUGUCAACAGACAAAUGCCUGGCCCUAGUAUUGAGGUUUGUCAUGGAGAUAAAUUGGAGGUGGAGGUAGAAAACAUGAUGGACGACCAGACAACUUCCAUACACUGGCAUGGUCAUCACCAGGUCAAGACGCCCUACAUGGACGGGGUGCCCUUCAUCACCCAGUGUCCCAUAUCGCCUAAUUCUGUGUUCCGAUACACCAUGCAGGUCACCAAUCCUGGCACACACUUCUGGCACGGCCACACAGGUUGGCAAAAGAGCAGCGGCGUAUUUGGACCUCUCGUAGUCAGAUCUGCUCCGAGUGCUGAAGACUCUCUCCUUUACGACUUUGACCUGUCAGAGCACACCAUAAUCAUUAACGACUGGACUCGUGUAACAGACAUGGACAAGUUUCAGUUCUUCGUACAGAGCAAUGGAAACAAAAGUCCUGAAGCAAUUUUCGUCAAUGGAAUGGGACGCUACUUCAAUGACUCUAUCCCGCUUACCCAUACUCCUCUCGCUGUCUUUACAGUGCAAAAGGGAUUCCGUUACAGGUUCCGGUUAAUCAACUCUGGCGCCCACGAUUGCCCUGUGGAUUUAAACAUUGACGGCCAUCCCAUCACUGCUAUUGCAAGUGACGGUUCUGACAUAGAACCUGUUACAGUUGACUCCCUGGUGUCUUAUGCCGGUGAACGUUGGGACUUUGUCCUGGAAGCUACAAGUCCUUUAAACAAUUACUGGAUGCGGUUCACCGGACUUCAGGACUGCGCUGAGGACUUCGCAAAGGUUCAUCAAGUCGCUGUUCUUCACUACAAAGGUGUGCCAGAGCGGGAACCUAAAGAUCCUGUUGGAUACAACAUUCACUCUAAGGCCAAAUUGCAAUUGAAUCCUCCGAACGUCGCUCUAAACCAAACGGGUACUUUAAGCGUUCCUGCGCUAAUAGCAAGCACUAGGACACAAGACCCCGUACUACUUCAUGACCCAGAUAUGUCGGUGAUAUUGUCCUACGACUUCAACAGAGCUAUUCAUACGAUGUAUGCUAAACAUUACCUUUAUGGAUCCAAUCAAGUGGACCCCAGUUUCCAACCACUCACACCUCAAUUCAACCACGUAUCGUUCAAAAUGCCGCACUCUCCAUUGUUAAGCCAAUAUAGCGAUGUUGACCCGAGUAUUUUCUGUGAAAAUCACAACCUCACCGACUGCAAUACAACAUUCUGCGAGUGUUUAUACGUCAUGGAAGUGCCCACUAACAGCAAUGUGGAGCUUAUCCUAAUUGACAUAGGAGAACCUUUCGACGCCAACCACCCUAUACACUUGCAUGGCUAUGCCUUCCGUGUAAUAGGAAUGGAUCGGCUGGGAGAAAGUGUAGACGAGGAGUUGGUGAGGAAGCUGAACAGAGAAGGGCGGCUCGUAAGGAAUCUUGAGAACCCUCCAUUGAAGGACACUGUAACAGUUCCUGAUGGCGGUUACACGAUUAUCAGAUUUCAUGCAAACAACCCUGGUUACUGGCUGUUUCACUGUCACAUAGAUUUUCACAUGGAAUUGGGGAUGAAUGUGGUAUUCAAAGUUGGAAAAGAUGAAGAGUUUCCUCCAGUUCCAGACGGAUUUCCAAAGUGUGGAGAUUAUAAAAAUGACAAUAUGAAACUAAAUUCUUACAGCUAGUAGCUUUUUGUUUGACAAAAACUAUGAAUGUCUUUUUCAUGCACAAAACAAAUAAGUAUAUAAAUAUAUAUUUUAUGUAUAUAUAUAAUUAUUCAGGUAAUUUUAAAGUAAAGGUGUCAAUACGUAGUGCAAUACGUAAGUACAUGUUGUGUUCGCAGAUAAUUCGAUAAAUUUUUUCGUAAUUUAUAGUAAAAUUAUAUAGGGUUUGCAACAAUUUUGAGAAUAAAUAGUUAGAAUACAGGAACAUUAUUAACAUGAAUUUUUUGAAUAGGCAUAACACGAGAUAGAGGAAACAGCGUUAUAUAGAGCGUUAUAUAUUUCAAUAGACCGAAGAGCAAAUUAAUCACGAUUAUAGACUUAUAUAUAAUAUUCGGCCUGUUUUCACAGACCUUUUACAUGAAUGUAACGGAAAAAAUUUAAAAUAAUUCGAUAAUCGAAAUUUGUUAAACAAGGUUACCUCUACAAUAGAUUUUAAAUGUGACUACUUGUAUGAGUGCCUAUUGAGUCUAUCUGGCACAUUUGUAUUUGAUUUAUUUAUUGAACACCUGAUAUAGAGUCACAACAAUUAAAUAGAAUCAACGCAACUAGAUUUGCUCUUUUUAUCUCUUAGUAUGAGUACAUUAAACACCACACAGUGAGUUAGUUCGUUUAAUGCAAAAAUAAAAAAUAGAAUUAGUCUAUGUAUUAUUUUGGUCUCAGUAUAUAUUUAUCGCGUUGACUAAGGCAUUUUAGAAAGUGUAUCACAUUAGGACUACAUAGUGUUAAACGAGGGUCUUUUUUGCCUCUGAUGGCUACCAGACACGUGAGAGGUCCACGGUGUGAGCAGUGGUCGUUCACGCAUCUUCCCCGUUACAAAUUGGUCACUGCCUAGUUCAAAUAGUGAGUUUGCGCAGGGCUGGCGUCGUGUAAACUAGGCUAAAAAUACUAGUUUCUAACAAUUAUCUCAACAAAUGUGAAUUAGGAGUUUUAUUCUUUUUCUGCAAGAAAAAAGGGAAUAAUGCAGCAAGAAUUCAUUGGAUAGUGUGCCUUGCUUACGGAAAAAAACAUAAUAAGUGAUGGUCUCGUGCGUGAAUCGCUUUUAAAGUUUAAAGACGGCUGAAUAUCAAAUUUAAAUAUCAAUUUGAAAAUUUAAAUGUGAAGUUAUUCUUGAAUUUUUGUAUCUGUCAGUCAAUAUCUUUGGCUUUCUACUCUUGUUACAUAGAAGCCUCACCUCUCACGUCCGUGGUGUGUCGCAGAUCGACCAAGUGUCUGGCCAUCAUGCCGUGACAUCGGAGGGUAAAAUAACAGUUCUAGUAUUAUUUACCGGUAAAUAGAUAAAUGAAAAUUUUACAAAGUAUUUAAAUUAUUCCGAAUUACUCCUUUUAUGCUAACCCAUAAAGAAAAUGUCAAUAUUCUUUUAAUUUGUACUACUCAUAGUAAGCGAUUAAAAUAAAGGAACAAUAAACAUUGAAUAAAGCAAUUUCAAUUUUCCUUGUUGCAGUAAUAUUACAGCUGGCUACACAGUGGUUUUCCCAUAAACGUUCACUUUUUGUUUCCUUAUAACAGCUAGAGGACAGAAUUCUACUACUACGCCAUGAAUUGCUGGACCGGUUUACAACUAACUAAAAAUUCCGAAAUAUUGGUGAUAAUAGAGUAACUUAGGAUUCAGAUGGGAGGAGAUCGUACGAGUGUAUGUUUGUAAUGGUAAUAAUAAUGGUUUUAGGUAGACAAAACAUUAUAGAGAUGCACUAUCUGUCUGCGGUCACUUAUUAAGCCGAGAGAGCUUAUUCCAAAGUGUUAGAUAUGGUAUGAAAUAAUUCUCCUCCUUGUGCCUAUGCCAUGGGAUUUUGCCAAGAGAUGAUCGCAUCCCUCUCUCUUAUCCAUUCCGAGUAAAUAUAUGAGCCACGUGAGUGUUUCAGUUCAUCUAUUUAAUAAUUCGUUCUCUCUGGAAAUCAUGAGAGAACUGUUAAUCUUAGGUUCAAUAUAGGUUUGAAAGAAUUGGGUUUACAAAUGUAAAAAACCUAUGAGAGGUAUUCUCUCUAAUGAAUAUAAAUUUUCUUUAUAGCAUUUUUACAUUUUGGUAUAGGGUCCAAUUACACUCUAAAUAAUGAUUUGUUGAUUGAAGUAUAUAAUACAGUUUUUAACGUUUAUUUAUACACGUGAUUCAAUUUGUUUUAAAUGUUGCUUAAUUGCUGCAGGCUAUAGGCUAUUGGAAUCAGUGCAAUACGCCAUAAUUACGUUAGAGAUCUAAAUGAAAUACAUAAAAGUAUAUUUGAUUAUUUUCGUUUAAAAAAGGUAAAAUCUUUUAUACGUAAGCAUAGAUAAUUAUAAAGUAUUACAAAUCUAAUUUAAAUCGUGAAACAUACAAUAUUGCCAUCAAUAGGUGAUAUAUUACUCCUAAGGUUCUAUGAUCUAUAACGUUAAUAAACAAAUUUAUAUAAUACACUUAAUAAGAGAACACUUCUUCGUUUUCUGUAACUUUUCACGAUAAUCCUAGUGAAGUAAUUUAUCAUAAAUACACAACAAUAAUUACAAGUUUAACUGGACGACUAAAAAUAAUAAUCUACACAUAAUUGAGACUUCCACAGUAAAUAACAGAUAAAAGACAAAUCAGUAAAUAACAAGAGACCAUUGGGACAUUAUGUACAAAGGUUUGUUACAAUAUUAUUCUAGUUACACGCAGUAGGAUUUAAAUGUGUUGGUGUUACAUUAAAAGCCGUUUAAGCCACGUAUGUUGAUUAACAUUGAACACGAGCUACACAGAAUGGCAAGCUUUCAUUUAUUACCUGAAAAGGGAAUAUUCCUCUAACAGGAAAUAAUUAAUCUUCUUUAUCAUAUAGAACUUUAUAUUACAAUAUUUAUAAUGAGCAUUCCGUGACAAAACAUUAUUUAUAUUUGAAAUUGCAAAGAAAAUAUGAAAACAAAUCAGACGAUAUAUCUUAUAACUCCAGUAAGUAUUUAUAAAUAAAAAUUUCUUCUUAAUCAGCAUAAUAAUAAUUCAGUAACUAAUACGCAACCAAACAGUUUUCCUCGCAAAGUGCAUUUUCUAAUAUGUAAACAUUGUAUUGCCCAAUUAUUUGUUUAAACUUAAUCGUCUAAAUGAUACAUCUUAUUCAAUAUUACAACUAAAAUUAAGGUCAUAAAAUUGUGAAACAAUUCUUUUAUCGUGUUAGAUAAAAAUUAUCGCCAGCACAUUCGGAUCUUAACCUCUUAUAAAAUACAUGUAUUAUGUUUUAUUCAUCGCUACAAGAAGGAAAACCCAACUAUGGCUAUUGAAGUUUCUUAGACUUAAAGUAUAUGACAAAACUUAGUUGAAAACCAAAAAAAGUUUUCUGAGAUAUUAGUAUUUUCUUGAUCGGGGUAACACGGCAAACACAGCUAUAGCGUCGGAAAUAGUGUAUAACUAAUCCGAAAUAGAAAUGCUCCCUAAUGUGUAAAAAGUUAGAUAUGAGCCAGGUAAAAAUAAAGCUUCUAUAACGUAAUACCUUAUUAAUGAUAAUUUUCAAAACCUUAUUGAGUUCCGUUUUUUUAAAAGGAAUUUCCCUCUUAUUUUUGAAGUACAUGGGAUUUUCCUUAAAUCCUAAUAGGCUUAUAGUUCUCAAGUAUGCUCAUAUGUGCACAUUUGUUCAGCGGGACAACAAUGGAAAUUCAUCAAUGGCAUUGCAAAUAAUUUAAUAUUACAAAAGUCUUAAGUAGAUGCUUUUGUAUCGAAGUAUAUUUUCAAGAGAUUUAUACCGGUAUAGUUUUUUUUCUAUAUAGGUUUUAUCUUUCUUCAUAGGAGCAGAAAGGCAAUCUAUAAUAUGGUACUGGAUAUUUCAUAGACCGGCAGAUAUAUGAUAAAGACCAAAAUAAAACGCUUUGUAACCUUAGCCGCUUCCCAAGACCCGUGUAUUCAUAUGUUUAUGAUGGAAGUAAUAAGGCAGACUCAGUAGUGACACUUAUAUAGGCCUAUAAUUAAUUUUUACCAGAAAAUAUCCCAUAGGUGCCAAAAAUUAUAUACAAUUUAGCUUAAAUUUUGAUACUCUUAACCAUAAACACUUAAAGAAUAUGAGUGUGAUGUAUGUUUACUUACGUUUCGUUUUAAAAAUGGCGGAGUAUUCCAUAAUAUUACAUCAUAAGUGGUUUUACUAAGUAUUUAAAAAACUUCAAUUUUGAAAAUUGUGUGUCAUGCUUGGUUGAAAAGUAACAAACAAAUAUUUUUUUAUUAUUUAUGAUUUCCAAGAUUCCUUAUUUACUUAAUACAACGUGAAAAAUGUGUAUUGUCCCUACUUCAAUCCUUUAUAGUUAAAAUAAUUUAUAUUCAUCGCUAUAGCCUAAUACAAUUUAAAUAAAUAUAGAUAAUCAAAUUGGAUCCUAUAAAAGGCCUCACGCCAUCGUUUAUUCAUUAAAAUGUCCACACGUCAUUAUAAAAAGUCUACAUUUUAAUACAGUGAUGCGUAAACUUAUGUCACAGAUCAAAGUAACAUAUCCCAUGUGACUGACUAACUGAUAUUGCAGGUUCAAUAGCUUACCAGUCUAUCGCCACUUGCUUACAUCAUAGCUAUACUGAUAUGAUAUUUAUUUUGUCUCACCAAACCCAUAGGGAAAUCUCACUAAUCAACUAAACCAUUUUAUUAACUUGCAAAUACUUUGAGUGAAAUCAUGUGUGACGGUUCUCAACGAUAGAUUUUAGACUAAAAAAAUAUAUGUAACCUAAUUUUUUGUGAAUUAGAACUUCAUUCACUAAAUAAAGUGCAAGCAACGACUGUUGGUUGGGUAUAGUUUUAAAUAAACUAUACAUAUUGAAAUGAAUUUAUAAGAAAUGUCCAAAUCUUCAUAGAAACAUGUUUUAUUCAUUAUUCAUAUCAGACGAAAGUUAUUCUUUAAAAUAAUAUUAAUCUUAACCUAUGAUUUUAUUAAUUUUAUAUAUCAUAUUUUAUUAAUGAAUAUUGGGUAUAUUCAGUUCAAAAUCACUAAAUUAUUUACAACAGUUCAAAACAGGACAUUUACAAUUUCUUGUACAUAUUGUAUUUGUUAACCGUGAGAUUAUUAGUUUAAAACGGCCUAAUAUGGCCUCUUUAAUGAACAUACCUGGUUAAGUUCCUUGGUGAAACCUGUCUUUUGUUUGCAUAUAAAUCGAUCAUAAUAUUGCUAGGGUUGCAAAACCCAUGUAAUGAAGCCCAUCACAUCUCUUAUUUUUAGCGUUGAGUCUGAGAGGCUUCUGAAUGUGCGUGUUAGUUAGUUAUCGAGUAGUAAGUUAGCUGAAUAUUUAUUUAUUUCCUUCAGUGUAUAGCAAAACGCCCAGUGUUUAUACUUCAAGUACUCUUAAAAACGUUGUUUCCUCUAGUUUAGUAUGAGGUUAAACUUAUGAAAGUAAAUGCUUGUUAAAGUAAAUGAUUCAAUGAAUGCAUUUAUUGACAAAGACCAUAUAUUUUAUUUAUAGGAAACCAGUCAUAUUAGUAUGCUGAGAAAGGUUUUUCAUCUGUGGACUUGAAAAUCUAUUUCCUUUCCCUGUUUUAAAACUUGAAAUUCUAAUAAGACCUCUUCAAUAAAACAAAAUAUUGAGCAGCGUGACUGGAAAUAAUGCAUGGAAUUCAAUUGCCCUGUCACUGUACGUGACAAAACAGACGUAAUAGAGGAUAUUAUUUACUGUUAGUGUAACUACCAUUAUAUAGGUUAUAAUUGCAUAAACAAACAGUGUGUUCAGUGGAUUAAUAUAAUGAGUUACCAAUAUAAAAAUCUCUUCUAAUAUAAAAUACGAGUAUAGCCUACUAAUCACCUUCUUUACUAAUCGUUAACAGAUAAUAAAUUACUUAUCCAUCUGAAACCCUCAUUACUUGGUGAAAAACGUCAACCACACAAUAAUCAUACAUUUUAUGUCUUAAAUUCGAUAGAAUAAUUUUCUAAAAUUACAUAGCCCACGCUGGGUUUGAUGGAGGAAAAAUUUUUGGAAGGUGUAAAUGGAAGGUUAUAAAAUUUAUUUUUUUUUAAAAUUAUUAUUAUAUGUACAUAUAAUUCAUUUUAUUAAUAUAGUGAACAUGUCGGUUGAAUAUAAUACAAUGUAACGUUAAAAUACUGCACUGAAAUUCUAAACAUAGAGUUCAAAAAGAGUUUGAUGGAGGUGAAAAUUGCGGGAUGUGUAAAUGAAAGGUAAAAAAAUAAUAAAAAACCUUUUACUUAAUAUAUUAUGUACAUACAUUUAAUUUCAUUAUUAAAGUGAACCCUGCCAUUAAUUGCAUACAAUAGGCUACAAUUUAGAGUAAAAAAAAAAAAAAAAAAAAAAAAAAAAAAAAAAAAAAAAAAAAAAAAAAAAAAAAACUGUAAAAUUCCCAACUCGGAGUUCCAAAAGAGUUUCAGUCAAUGUCUAAAUUAGCUGUGUGAAAAGUUGAAACUUUGAGAGUUCUAUCGGCAACAACUAAAAGUACAGAAAGUUAGGAAUUAUGUGAGUUUAUCUUACAACGCUCUAUUGAUAACUGUCAGCGAAAAGUAAGAACAUUGUUUGCUCUUCUUUAUUACGUCCACGAAGAAAGUUUAUAACAACCAGAAGUUUCCAAACCAAUAUAAAAGUAAUAUCAUGUAACGCUAUCCAUAACUAAAAACUGUUUUGACAGAUUUUUAACAAAUAUGUGGCUGUCAGCAAUAAAACUUUUGUAUUUUUAAAUACCAUUGUCUAUGUUGAAUACAAUCAUUAGUGAGUCUAAUGUUUACAUAACGUAUAAGUUAAAUAAAAAGUAUGAUUUUAUUAAAGUAUAACUGAUAUAAACUUUUGAAGAUAAUGGUUCUUACUUUUUUAAGCAACCAGUUAUAUCUUUGCUAUAGUUAUGAACAUCGUACGAUUUGUAGCUAUAAAAUUUUAUUAAUAAUAUCGCUUUUAAUACUGUUUUUCCAAUAUGAUCAAUAUUUAGUAAUCAUACUAAUAGCUUCAUAAGAGUUUCAUAAAUAUUUUUUUCACAUUUCAUAACUUAUAGCGAUAUAAGUAAUCAAGUCCACUAGAGUUACCUCUAAGUAAAACAAUGCAUGGAAGUUUUUAUUUAUAAUUUGCUAAUAAAUUAUAAACUCAACGCUGUUGUGACUAAACAACAGUACAAUUAACAAACUUCUCUUAAACAUAUAUCAUUAUAAAAUAAGGCAAUGAAAUUAAUGCUUUAAAAUGUAAUAGAGACCACAUUUACUACUAUUGACGUGAUACUUCAUUGUUAUUAGUUGAAGAUAAACUACUGUAUUUAAUGUGUAGAACUAUUUAUAACAAUAAAAAUAUGAAAUAAUUAGUAGGAAAAUAAGGGACUGAUAAUUGUUAACAUGUUUCUUGAUUAAGGUACUUUUUUAAGGUUACAAUGCAUGAAGUAAAUAAUGUUAAGUUGUAGUAAAAAUUAAACUUUUACUGUUAUAACAAUUAUAUACUUUUAAAAUAUAAAUAUAUGAA